GUGCAAUGUCCCCGUGUCCCACAGGAGGUUCUACAAGGACAUGCCCCACAACGCGCUGGACAAGAAAUCCAACUUCGACUUCCUGGAGAAGGAGGUGGGGCUGGACCUGUUCUUCCCCAGCCAGAUUGUCGUUGUUGCCGUUCCCAUUGUCAUUGUUGCCAUUCCGGUUGUUGCUGUAAUUCCCAGUGUUGUUGUUGCCAUUCCCAUUGUCAUUGUUGCCAUUCCGGCUGUCGUUGUUGCCAUUCCCAUUGUCGUUGUUGCCAUUCCGGUUGUUGCUGUAAUUCCCGGUGUUGUUGUUGCCAUUCCGGUUGUCAUUGUUGCCAUUCCGGUUGUCAUUGUUGCCAUUCCAGUUGUCGUUGUUGCCGUUCCCAUUGUCAUUGUUGCCGUUCCGGUUGUUGCUGUAAUUCCCGGUGUCGUUGUUGCCAUUCCGGUUGUCAUUGUUGCCAUUCCGGUUGCUUUUGUUGCCAUUCCCAUUGUCAUUGUUGCCGUUCCGGUUGUUGCUGUAAUUCCCGUGCUGAUGAAGAAGCUGGACCACCCCCACAUCGUCAAACUCAUUGGCAUCGCCGAGGACGAGCCCACCUGGAUCGUCAUGGAGCUCUGUCCCUACGGAGAGCUGGGGCAGUUCCUGGAGCGUCGUCGGGCGGAGCUGGCGGUGCCCAGGCUGGUGCUGUACGCGCUGCAGGUGGGGAAGGCCCUGGCCUACCUGGAGGCGCUCAGCUGCGUCCAUCGGGACAUCGCCGUGCGGAACGUCCUGGUGGCCUCCCCGGAAUGCGUCAAGCUGGGAGACUUCGGCCUCUCCCGCUACAUCGAGGACGAGGAGUAUUACAAAGCUUCCAUCAGCCGCCUUCCCAUCAAGUGGAUGGCGCCGGAAUCCAUCAACUUCCGACGCUUCACCACCGCCAGCGACGUCUGGAUGUUCGCCGUGUGCGUGUGGGAGAUCCUGAGUUUGGGGAAGCAGCCGUUCUUCUGGCUGGAAAACCGGGAUGUGAUCGGAGUCCUGGAAAAGGGGGAUCGGCUCCCCAAGCCCGAGCGCUGCCCGCCCCCGCUCUACGCGCUCCUGACACGCUGCUGGGACUACGAUCCCGGGGAAAGGCCCAGGUUCCAGGAGCUGGUCUGCAGCCUCAGCGACAUUUACCUGAUGGAGAAGGAGCUGGCCCAGGAGCAGGAGAGGAACAACCGGCACCGCGCUCCCAAAAUCCUGGAGCCGCCGACAUUCCAGGAGCCGCCUCCCAAGCCCAGCAGGCCCCUGUACAAGCCGCCAUCCCAGAAUAAUCUCCUGGCUCCCAAGCUCCAAUUCCAGGUUCCGGAGGGGCUCUGCGCCAGCUCUCCCACCCUCGCCAGUCCCGCCGAGUACCAGACUCCGGCAAAUUCCCGGCGCUCUCCUCCUCCUCCCGGCCGCCACAGCGCCUUCAAGCGCCGCAGCAUGAGGGUAAGCCCGGAAUUCCCGCCGGGAUCCCGCAUGGAAUUCCCGAUCCUUCCAUCCCCCUCCGGAUCCGCUUCCCGCCGCCGCUUCCCGCCGCUUCGCGCUCGGAUCCAUGAGAAAUCCCCUUCCCGAUGGAUAAACCGAUCUUUGGGACGUUCUCCUUCUCGUAAUUCCAAGAUUUUCUGGGAUUCCCGAGGAAUUUUGGGAAGAAAUUCCCGAGGGGGUGGGGAUUUUUCCCGAAUCUUCAUCCCAAAAAUUCCUGCUGGCAGCUGGGAUGCUCCGAGGUGUCGCUCCGGGAAUGCCGAUGGGAUGAGUGGCUUUCCCGCGGUGUCGGAAUGUGGAAUUUCUCCUUCCUGGAAAUCCCUUUUCCCUCCUUUUCCCUCUUUCUCCAUGGUUUUUCCCGCCUUUUUUUCCCGGAUUUUCUCCCAUUUUCCCUCCUUUCCAUCUCCUUUUCCC